GAGAUCUGCUCCUUCCCGCCUCUCCCGGGUCAGAAGUCGGAGCUGGCUUCAUCCCCAUUCCCCGGAAUCACUUCCUUCCCGUUCGGUGCACCCCCGCUCCAAAUCCCAAACCCCACGCGAUCGCGCGCCCAAUCACUCGAGGCGAUCCCUCGUUGACCCUCCCCAGCGUCCAGAUCCGGCGAGCGCCGUCUCAAAAGCAUCACCCGAACCCCUCGAUAAAUCGCCACGCCACCACCCCGCGGUUCAGUCGGCAGCACCCCUGCUCUUCGCUCGACCCCUCCACCCGCUCUCCCUCCUCGACCGCCGGCGGACCCGUCCAGGAGCGGAGCAUGUGACUUCGACCACAAACGAAGGAUACAUGCUUCGUUGCUAGAGCGCUUGCUGUUGUUGGAUUUGGGCUCGGGAUCAUGGCUCCUGCUCGGGUUGGCCGGUUCCAGAUGUCUAAUCUCUCAGAGCCCUCAAAAGAAGAUGGUUCAAUCGAGAAAACUGGAGCUUGGAAUAACACAUGGAGCACUCUUCUGCGCCAUGCUUCGGUCUAUGGUGUGGCUGCUGGUUAUUGUCUGUCAGCAUCUCUGCUCUCCAUUAUCAACAAAUGGGCAAUCAUGAAGUUUCCCUACCCUGGAGCACUGACAGCUUUACAGUACCUCACUAGUGUUGCUGGAGUUCUCCUGUGUGGACAGCUAAAGCUUAUUGAGCCAGAUAGGCUGAAUUUGAGGACCAUGUGGAAGUUCCUACCUGCUGCUGUUAUGUUCUACAUCUCAAUCUUCACAAACAGCGAGCUCCUGAUGCAUGCCAAUGUGGACACUUUCAUCGUGUUUCGGUCUGCUGUGCCGAUAUUUGUGGCCAUUGGGGAGACACUUUACCUCCACCAACCAUGCCCAUCAUUCAAGACAUGGCUCUCACUCUCCACUAUACUUGGUGGAAGUGUGAUAUAUGUUUUCACUGAUAACCAGUUCACCCUGACUGCUUACAGCUGGGCGAUAGCCUAUCUAGCGAGCAUGUCUAUUGAUUUCGUGUACAUCAAGCACGUUGUCAUGACCAUCGGGUUGAACACAUGGGGUCUUGUGCUCUACAACAACCUUGAGGCUCUGCUGUUGUUUCCCCUUGAGCUCCUUAUAAUGGGAGAGUUUAAUCAGAUGAAGGUGGACAGCUCCAAGAUGACAACAAACUGGCUAUCGUUCGACGUGGUCCUUCCUGUUGCUCUGUCAUGCCUGUUCGGGUUAUCUAUAUCCUUCUUUGGAUUUUCCUGCAGACGGGCCAUCUCUGCUACUGGAUUUACGGUGCUCGGUAUAGUGAACAAGCUCCUGACCGUCGUGAUCAAUCUGCUUAUCUGGGACAAGCAUGCGUCCCUUGUGGGGACAAUUGGGCUUUUGAUAUGCAUGUCUGGUGGUGUUCUCUACCAGCAAUCGGCCACAAAGCCCAAGGUGCCCAAGAUCGAGCCAAAGGAAGAGGACGAUGAAGAGGGGCAGAAUUUGCUGCAGAUUCAGCCCGGGCAUGAGAGCAACCCAAGUCAAAAGCAUUCCUCAUAAGCUUACUUUACCUUCCCUCGACAACCCAUUCGUGGUAUACCUCAGAUGAGAAAUCUUGAACAUGCUGUAGAACAUCGGCGUUUCAAGAGAAACUAAAUUUCAUUCUACAAUACCUUUGUUAUUGUAUACUGUUUUUCAUUGGUUAGACAGGAUUGUGGUGGUGGUGUAGGGUACCAGACACCUCAACAUACUAGGGUCGAAUCCCCUGUAUACUGAACCAUGUAUGCUAUUUACCAUAUUCCAGAAAUACAAUGGAUGUACUUAUUCGCUUCGCGGCA